AAAGGGGGAAAAGUGUAUGUUAUCAAUAAGGGAUCGUGCUUAACUUGCUCUGUUAUGACAGUAAUGUUAUAGUAUACUUUUGUCAUUAAUGAUUCAAGUCACAAGUAACUUAUCGACCGAGACAGGUUUCAUACACCUACUACAACAUUCUUCCACAGGCUGAUAAGUUUCUUUAUGUUUAAGGCAGUUCAACUAACCUAGUAUGUUUAAUUAUACUUCAGUUUAUUUCUUUGACAAAUAAACAACACUUCUUUAAGUUUGAUUUCAGAAAUUGUAAAUCCAUUGGGAUAAAAAGCUAAGCUAAAUAUCAGCAUACAUGUAAAGACAAAUACACGUACUUUCUGUAAUAACGACAACAAUAACAUUGAUAAACAUAAUAAGAACAAUAAGAAUGGACUUUAGCUAUGAUCAAACACCAAUUUUAUCUGAAGAAGAUAUUAAAACAAAAUUGCCAAAAGAGGAAACUGAAUCAGAAUCAUGUCAAAUAGAAACCAAAACAGUUUCUGAAACUUUACCUACACAAACUGUUUCAAGUGAAGAAACAGGAUUAAGUUUUGAACAGCUUGGAUUUAAAAAUGGAUCACAAACAAAUGUGGAAUGUAAUAGUCCUCAGGAAAGAUUCUUGCCAGAGUUGAAACAUGGAGAUGAACCAAUGUUUCAGACCCUUUUGAAGCACAUUGAUCCAGAGGAAGAAUCAGAGCUGAAUUUCAAACAGGAAGAUAAACCAGUAUAUCAAACAUUUUCUGAAGAAACUACUCUAAACAAAGAACUAGGGUUGAAUUUCGAACAACAGGAAUAUAAACCAGUGUAUCAGACAUUUCAUGAAGAAGCCAUUCCAAAGGAAGGAUUGGAGCUGGAUUUCAAACAAGAAUUUAACACAGUAUAUGAAACAUUUCAAGAAAUUAUUCCAAAAGAAGGUCUGACACUGGAUUUCAAACAACAGGAAGAUAGACCAGUAUCACAGACAUCUGAUGGAGAAACCAGUCCAAAGGAAGAACUAGGGCUGGAUUUCAAACCACAGGAAGAUAAACCAUUGUGGCCAACAUUUGCUGAAGAGAGCAUUCCAAAGGAAGAUCUAAAGUUGGGUUUCAAACAAGAAGAUGAAAUAGUAUAUCAGACAUUUCCUGAAGAGAGUAUUGCAAAGAAAGAACUAGGACUAGAUUUCAAUCAGGAAGAAAAUAAACCAAAAUCAUUUAGUGAAGAAACUAUCCCACUAGUAUCUCAGGCAUCUGCUGAAGAAAGUAUUCUGAAGGAAGAGCUGGGACUGGAUUUCAAUCAAGAAGAAAAUAAACAAGAAUCUCAAUCAUUUGGCGAAGAAACUAUCCCACAGGAAGAUUUAGGACUGGAUUUUGUUCAAGAAGAAAAUAAACUGAAAUCUCAAUCAUUUGGUGAAGAAACUAUCCUACAGGAAGAUUUAGGACUGGAUUUUGUUCAAGAAGAAAAUAAACUGAAAUCUCAAUCAUUUGGUGAAGAAACUAUCCCACAGGAAUAUGUAAAGUUGAAUUUCAAACAAGAAGAGGAUAAACUAGUAUCUCAGACAUCUGCCGAAGAAAGUAUGUCAAAGGAAGAGCCAGGAUUGGAUUUCAAUCAAGAAGAAAAUAAAAAAGAAUCUCAGACAUUUGGUGAAGAAAGUAUUCCAAAGGAAGAUCUAGGACUGGAUUUUGUUCAAGAAGAAAAUAAACUGAAAUCUCAGUCAUUUGGUGAAGAAAGUAUUCCAAAGGAAGAUUUAGGACUGGAUUUUGUUCAAGAAGAAAAUAAACUGAAAUCUCAAUCAUUUGGUGAAGAAACUAUCCCACAGGAAUAUGUAAAGUUGAAUUUCAAACAAGAGGAUAAACUAGUAUCUCAGACAUCUGCUGAAGAAAGUAUGUCAAAGGAAGAGCCAGGACUGGAUUUCAAUCAAGAAGUAAAUAAACAAAAAUCCCAGACAUUUGGCGAAGAAAUUAUUCCAAAGGAAGAUCUAGGACUAGAUUUCGUUCAAGAAGAAAAUAAACAAGAAUCUCAGACAUUUGGUGAAGAAACUAUUCCACAAGAAUAUGUAAAGUUGAAUUUAAAACAAGAAGAGAAUAAACUAGUAUCUCAGACAUCUGCUGAAGAAAGUAUGUCAAAGGAAGAGCCAGGAUUGGAUUUCAAUCAAGAAGAAAAUAAACAAGAAUCUCAGACAUUUCUUGAAGAAAGUAUUCCAAAGGAAGAUCUAGGACUGGAUUUCAAACAACAAGUAUCUCAGACAUUUGCCAACGAAAGAAUUCCAAAAGAAGAACUUGGACUGGAUAUGAAAAACCAGGAAGAUAAAUCAGUAUCCCAGACAUAUUCUGAACAAACCAUACCACCAGAAGAACGAUUGCAUGAAGAUAAAUCAGUGACCCAAGCUUUUUUUCAACAUAAUCUGCCAAAUAAAGAACCAACUCUGGAUAUAGAGAAAAAAGAGAAGCCAUUCUAUGGGGCAGUCACUGUUGAGGCUUCUUAUGAAGGAGAAAUUAAGAAAAAGAAAGAAGUAGAAGCUUUAGCUGAUAGUGAAGUACCAUCUAGUAAAAUGUCCCCCCAUAAUGAAUGGGGGUACUCAAAGUUACAAUCACCACAAGAAACCUCACCUCAAGGUGCUGAAGAAUUUCAAAGCCAAAUCAGACCUUCCUUAUUAGAGCAAGUGAGUCCUAGAGAAUUUUUUAAUGACAACAAUGCUAUUUGUGAUGAAGGUGUAAUGGAUGAAGUACAAGCCAUGCAACAGAAAUCUGAUGCUGAAAUAGAAUCAUUAGAAAAGGAAAUUGAAAAUUUAACUAGUCUACCAAUUAGAAUUUUGCACAAACCAAAAGAUACUAAUCGAUAUACUCCUGUUGAUGAAUCUUAUUCAUCGAGUUCUGAAGAAGAGGAAUCUUCAACACAACAAAAUUACUCAAAAGAAAUCUCUUCAGAUCAAAUGGAAAAUUCAAAGACAUCUGGGGUUGAAAAGAAAGAACACUUAUAUAAGAUUCUUGUUAUUGGAGAAUUAGGAACUGGAAAAACAAGUAUCAUCAAACGUUAUGUCCAUCAAUUCUUCUCCCAACAUUACCGAGCUACUAUAGGUGUUGAUUUUGCACUAAAAGUCAUUAGUUGGGAUGCUGACACACUUAUCCGAUUGCAAUUAUGGGACAUUGCAGGUCAAGAACGAUUUGGUAACAUGACACGAGUGUACUAUAAAGAGGCUGUUGGAGCAUUUGUAGUGUUUGAUGUAACAAGGGUACCAACAUUUGAGGCUGUGGUUAAAUGGAAAAAUGACUUAGACAGUAAGGUUCAGUUACCAGAUGGCAGCAAUAUACCAUGUGUAUUACUAGCAAAUAAGUGUGAUCAAACAAAAGAAGGCCUUGUGAAUAAUACAGAGCAGAUGGAUGAUUUCUGUAAAGAAAAAGGUUUCCUGAGUUGGUUUGAAACUUCAGCAAAAGAAAAUAUUAACAUAGAUGAGGCUGCUCGAUUUUUGGUUGGACAGAUCCUCAAAAAUGAUCAAAAUAUGAACACAGGCAGUACAGAAGAAGAUAAAGAACGCAUUCAAUUAGCUAAUGCUAACCAACAAGAACCAACAAAAAAAUCUUGCUGCAGAUAGAAGUUUUGAACUCUGAAUUAAUUACCCAAAUAGUUUUUAUAAAUAACUAUUGCUUUUGUUUUUUUUUUUUUAACCAUUAUAUUUUCUUUUAUUUUUCCUGAUGAAAAGCUGAAAAAAAAAAAAUCAAGAAAAACAAAAAUAAUCAUUUCCUGUAUGUUCUUUUAUUUCAAUAAUUUUACUCUAGUUUAAAAACGAACUCUACAAAUAAUAAUAUUAAUAAUAAUUGAGAAAUAUCAAGACUUAGUCAGAGAGAUGAAGGUACUGUGCAAGAUUAAGACAACAGUUGCUUUUGUGGUAAUUGGUACAACUUGGAACAACACCUAUAAUACUACGUAGAAAACCGUUGGAUAUUGGAAUCGAGAUUCACAUUGUCGACCUGCAGAAAAGUGCAACCCUGUAUUCUGCAAGAAUCUUAAGAAAGAUUCUUGAGAUCUGAGAAGUCUUGUUGUCACCUACCCUCAAGACAACAUCCUUGCUAAAUAAUAUAGCAUGUAAUAGCUAUAGUAAUAAUAAUAAUAAUAAUAACAAUAAUAAUAAGAAGAAGAUGAAGAAGAACAAUGUUCCUUAUACUACCAUGAAACCUAAAAUUUUUAAUGUUGGGUGGGGAAAAAGCUAGGAAGUUGAUUUCUUUGUCUAGGACAUUAGUGUAACAAAUAAAACUUAUACUGGAAUUUGA